GAGUGGUCGGGCGCCGUGCAGGGAGCUUCCCCUAGGGCGGAGCGCCGUGAGGUCGGGCAGCGCUCCCUGCUGCUCUCAGGACCGGGCUCCAGGAGGGGUCCCGGCCGAUAGGAAGGCGCUGCCGCUGCUAGAGGUCCUCCCUGGGCCGAGGGCCUCCCUGCACCUCAGGUGAGCAGGGCCGGGCGGCGACAGGAGCUGCGGGCCGCCGGCAUUGUCUUGGAGGAAUGUAACAUUGCUGCUCCACUAACUCGCUAGAAAUAUUGACUCAUCUACACCUCUGCUUAUGGUCCUGUCGCCUUUCUCAGCGUAACCCAGCAGAGGAAGAAAAGCAGCCAAGCUGUAGAGAAUUUUAGGCAAGCAAAGCAGGAUGGAUGGGAAGAAACGGUACCAAGUCACAACUGACACGGCUUCAGCAGAGUUCAAGCCUCUUUAAAGAGUUCUGUCACCCAGGAGGCUGAAAAACAAACACUCCAAUAAACAAAAAUGGAAAGAGGCAGCAGUCCAAACCUGCAACUUCUGCAAAUCCCACUGGCCACCGCAGCGGUUUCUGUGCAGCCACACACAGACUCCUUUUCUUAUAAGGAGAACUUGAUUGGUGCAUUGCUAGCUAUUUUUGGGCAUCUUGUUAUCAGUAUUGCACUCAACCUCCAGAAAUACAGCCAUAUCCGGCUGGCAGGUUCCAAAGAUCCCCGAGCCUAUUUCAAAACCAAGACAUGGUGGUGUGGACUGUUUCUGCUGGUUCUGGGAGAACUGGGAGUGUUUUCCUCUUACGCCUUUGCUCCUCUUUCACUGAUUGUUCCUCUCAGUGCAGUGUCCUUUAUAGCUAGUGCAAUCAUAGGAAUUAUAUUUAUUAAAGAAAAAUGGAAGCCCAAGGAAUUCUUGAGACGCUAUGUUUUGUCCUUUGUAGGCUGUGGUUUGGCAAUUGUUGGAACUUAUCUUCUGAUUACGUUUGGGCCUAAUAGUCAUGAGAAGAUGACAGGAGAAAAUAUCACUAAGCAUUUAGUGAGCUGGCCAUUUCUGUUGUAUAUGCUUGUGGAGAUCAUCACAUUCUGCCUGCUGCUAUAUUUUUACAAGGAGAAAAAUGCAAACUACAUUGUAAUUAUUCUCCUGUUGGUAGCUUUGCUGGGUUCCAUGACUGUUGUGACAGUGAAGGCUGUGGCAGGCAUGAUUGUUGUCUCAAUACAAGGAAACCUCCAACUCAACUACCCAAUAUUUUAUAUCAUGUUGGUGUGCAUGAUUGCUACAGCAGUCUAUCAAGCAACAUUUUUAGCUCAAGCUUCACAGCUCUAUGACUCAUCUCAGAUUGCGAGCAUCGGCUAUAUCCUGUCCACAACAGUAGCUAUAACAGCAGGAGCAACUUUCUACCUGGAUUUCACUGGUGAAGAUGUUCUUCACAUAUGUAUGUUUGCACUUGGGUGCCUCAUAGCAUUUCUAGGUGUCUUCCUGAUCACAAGAAAUAGGAAGAAAUCUGUACCAUUUGAACCUUAUAUAUCAAUGGAUGCUAUGCCAGGCAUGCAAAACAUGCAUGACAAAGGGAUUGCAGUUCAGCCUGACCUCAAAGCUUCCUUUUCCUACGGUGCCCUAGAGAGCAAUGACAACGUGCCGGAAAUUUAUACGCCAGCUACACUGCCGAUAGUGCAGGAGCAACAUGGUUCCAGAGGUGUUUCUGCUCCACCCUACCGGGUGCUGGAGCGCAGCAAGAAGGAGUGAAUGACCUCUAAGGAACUGAUUUGACUCAUCAGAAGUAUGACCUUUAUUUAUUAACGUGAUUAAAAUAUAGGCAAGUGUUAAGCUGACUUCGGUAUACUUUAAAACUUGUCUCAAACUUAACUUUUAAGACUGAUUAUUAAAAUAAACAACUCUGUGUAGUUGUGAAGUUGAAAGCAUUCCUCUUAGCAAGGAGUAAAUAACAGUCCACUGUUGAAGGCUGCUAUUGGAGAGCAUGAAAUAUGGAAUACAGUAUCAUGGCUUUAGGAAGCUAAUGAAAUAGACACUGUGAGAAUGCAGAGCUGUGGGAAGAGAAGUGGCCAUGCAAUUUUUAGCGCUGGUGGGAGUGGGUUUAUUUGCAAAUAGAGGUUUUCAGUUGUUGUUCCCAGUGAGAGGGGGGAAGGAUCUAAUCUUUUACAUAGAACGACUGAUGGAUUUCUAGAAAAGUUGUAAAUCCUCAUGUUUCUAACGUAACCACUAUGCUACCUUAACAUGGCAAUAAAAUCUAAUUGUUUUCAAGCACGAAUACUGAAACUUGCUGUGUACUCUUAGGCUUUUCUUGUAUAGUGAUUCUCUAGCUUGUGUUGAAUGUAUGCACUGAGCAUGUUAAUUCUUUAUCUAGCACCACUGGAUUACAUGGCAGUUUAGAACAAAGACUGUCAUUCUUCGGGUUUCACAGCAAGAGCUUCAAGUUGGAUCAAAGGGGACAGGGACAACACUAGUAACGUGACUGGAGGGAUAUUGUAGUGGCUCUUGAUGAGAUUACAAUUCUCCACCAUUUUUGUAGAGAAAAAUCUCAUCUCUCUCUUGUUGAGAUAGGGUUUCCAACAUUGUUUAGUAGUCUUAAAUGCUUGAAGGUGUCAACAUUCCUUUGGCAGUGUUAAGAAGUUAAGGUGUUGUAGGUAAGGGUGCCAUUUUGUGCUCCUUUAUUCUAAGAAGCGAAAAAGGUACUGCCCUAAUACUGUGAAUGACCUAGUAGAAAAAGUGAGCAUGCACAGUCCAGCACUCAGUGAGAACUGGCAGAAUAAUGAAGCGUUGUGUACUCAUGAUGUUUAUCUUUCCAGCUUCUGAGAGAUGGCUGUAAGCUGAUAUAAAGGGAGAACAGACACAUGGGGGUAAACCAGUUAAGCAAAGGGGACAAAAUACAACAUUUAAAGGAGUAUGCAAGUUUUUUUUGGUGUUUUAUUAUCAUCUUCUCUAAAAGCAACUGUUUUACUGGGAAACAGAAUUUUAAGUCUACUUUGUUGUAUUUUGGGCGUAGUAAAGUGUCUCCAUGACCUUAGAAGACUUAAUCUGAAACGAAUAGCGAAUGUGUUCUGUGCAUUUUUAAGUGGUAACUCUGAUGCUAAGGGGCUUGGAAGGAUCUUGAAAUUGCAGCUGUGGCUUCCUGCUUUUUUCUUUUUUUUUUUUGACUCACGGCCAGAUUCUUUUCCCACUACCAAAAAUUCCUGAGAGCUUAACUGACUUAUAAAUAAUUCCUCCUGCUUCAUGUUAUUAUAGAUGACACCAGAACUAUUCUUUUGCAUAUGUUUUCCUUGCCAGCUAUGAAUACUAAUUCAAUCUGGAAAUACAUGAGACUGCAUUGACAGUUUUGUGCAACUUAAAUAAAAAUAAACCCUUCCCCCUGCAAAGAGAAGAUGCCUAGAGGCUGUGCAUGUGCCUAUAUGUGAAGUUUCUUCUCCUGUUUGGCAUAUCUGACAAUUCAAACUAUGGCAUCACAUACACUACAGCUUAGGAAACCUCAAGAAAUACCAACUUUUCUUUUGCCCACAAUACUUUUUAUGCUUAAGUAAGGUAACAAUGUUAAUGGGCUAAUAUUGCCAGUAUGUUAAUCUUGUUGGAGUUGCAGUGAUGCUGGUUCUACUGCCUGUAUCCCUGGUAAUCGAUUGGUUGUGAACGUACAUGCAGCUUCUGUUCAGUAAGAUACAAAACGAAGUAGUACAGUGGGGGCUGGCUGGGAAGGGUAUGAGUAUGCUGGCUUCUCUUUUUCCUUUUAAUGAAUGAGGCAGUAGGUGAUUGACCUAAUAGUUCUGAAGGCACAGAAACAAACUGUUUUAAAACUGGCUGUGCUAAAUCAGGCAUACCUACAAACUCCACAUUUUACAUGGCAAUAUUCUUUAAUUAUUACAGAGAUUGUAUAAAAUAUAUAAGUAAAACAUUAAUCAAAAGGAUCUGAAAAGGGCUUGCUGUUGACUUUUAUUCAUGUUGAUCCUGUGUAACUGAACAUAGUUUUCCUAGUUCUUAGUUUCUCUGUAGUAUUUAAAAACUGCAGUUGAUUGCUGUGCAGACUUUGCAGCUCCUUGUUUCUUUCUGGUUAGCUUUUUCUCCUAAUUGCAAUGCUGUUUUUAUUCCUAAUACCUUGCUUUUAGAAGCUUUCUGACAAGAGAUUCCAAGGGAGGUAAUUCCUAUUGGGUAAUAUUGUGAUUUGUGUGUCUGUUUCGGGAGCACGGUAUUUUAGAUAGCUCAGUAUCAGUAGAGCCUGCGGAGUUUCUUGGGCUAUAGGGUUGAACUCAGUGCACUGAUGUGAGAGCUGCGCUCUUGCCAGUCUGUUAGCCAUGGUAAGCGUGGUGGUAGGACUACCAGGCUGCACCUCACCCCUUCUUGCUGCCUAUGUUAAAUACUUGAAUUUUAACUUUUUUAAUGUACUUUCCCCUUUCUUGUUCUUUCUCACAAGCUUUCAGAAGACUGUACGUGCUGGUCUCCGCUAUGUUUUUGCAGAUGCUGUCUCUGUUGCUGAGAAGGCAUGAGUAAACUGAGUGUAGGACUUAUCCAGUCUUUCGAACAGAGGGAGGGUAUAGCUCAGGAUUGCUGUUGCCUCUCCUCUAAUUCAGAGCUUGCAAACUGAAAAUGGGAGGUUCUUUGUACCCUCAGACUUCUUACAGAAUAUGGCUAGGGCUGAAGUGACAAUGGCCAUGCCUGGGAUUGCAGCAGACAUUUAGGACAAAAGUGCUUCCUCUCCUUAAAGGAGGGCUCCAUGCCACAUGAUAAUCCUUUUUGCAGCAUGGAAAGUAACCUGUUGCUGUAAAGCACAUACUGUAACACACAGAUGUUAAAGCUUCAAUUUAUCCACAGCUGAUUCACAGAGAGGUAGGGUGCUGUAAACAACAGAGCAUAGCUAGAUUUCCAAAUGUGCAGUGUUUUCUGCAGAAUCAAAUGCUAAAAAAGUGCGCACAUAAACCAACUGCUGUUUCCAUUAUGGAUUGGGCAGAAUAGGUCCUUGACUCUCUCCUAGCUUCUUUAUUGAAUGUGAACUGACUUUUGUUACCUUUAUACUGUGUAGCUUUUCAGUGCACCAGGACACUUAAUAUGUUCUCACUGUAUAUGCAAGAGCAUAUAGCUUUAUGCUGUGGCUUACAGCUCCAGUGCUGGCUGAAUGUACAAAAUUUUGUUCGUAUGAAAAUGUGUAUAUAAAUGUGGCUUUACAGUCUUGAACCCUGAGGAUUACUGCUUAAUUUUUUGUAAGCAGUGUUGCAUGUCUGUUGAAUUCUGUCUUUUUGAUGACACCUCUGGAAAUUUAACUUAAUAAAAGAUUCUGGUAAAACCUA